CUCAUUCGGAAACAAUGAACAUACCACUGUGAAUCUAUAGACCAUGUCAAACUGCAUCUACCCGUACGAUCUUCCCAUCAUCCUUGGGAUCAUUCAGAAUUAGUUGAUUGACAAGAUCAUCAUCAUCGUUAUUCAACAGUUAGCCUGAACAAGACCCACCUCCAUGCUGUAGGACUCAAAGGCCCAAAUUGGAAACCACAAAAUUUUCUUCCACUCCAUGUUGCUCCUGUUAUUUCAACCUAGGACAAAGCGUACAACAAUACAGGUGCAAAAAACUACUUGACAUCCCAUCCCACCAGCCUCAUAAAUUGGCCUUACGUUGGUUUACUCAAAGAGUGGUCUCAGUUUUAAUAAAUACCCUUCAGCUUUAGCUCAUCGAUUUGAAUGAUGAAUUUAUAAAGACUUGGUGGGAGUCGGACUGACUUUGGCUCUUGGAAUGUACACUAGACCAAUACUGGCCCUUCUGGAUACCACAGUCAGAGCUGAACCAUCACAUCAACACAACUCAAUCACUCUUCUUCUUCCACUCAUCAUUGUCCAACCCCCGACUCAACUCUUGCCCACCAACUCUACUCAAACAUUAACAUUUUGGCCCCGAUUCAGAUGUGCUGAUCAUAUUCGAUACCAUCCAACAAUCUCAUCAGAUUCAGAACAAAAAAACACAAAACCUGCAUAAUUUGGUCGGAUCCAAUCAGAGUCGUCCAUUUGCACCAGCACCUCGCCCUGUGUUAGUAUUCCGGUGUGCUGAAUCUUUAGAGAUGACGGGAGCGAUUGAAGAAGAAGGCGUUUACAGGCUCAGUGGUAGUUCAGUUCACAUCAAGACAUUCAAAGAGCCCUUCAAUACACCAGGAGAUUACAAUUUACUCGAAUUUUCCAAGACUGAGUUGUUCCAUGAGACGCAAGUUGUAGCAAGAUGAUUGAAAAAUCUCUUGAGAAAGCCGGUUUCUCCAAUUCAUACUAGGGACCUUAAGCCUGAAUUCCUCAAAGUUAUCGGAGACUUGCACAAGACUCUUAUAUAAACAAGAUAACCCUUUUAAUCAAAAGACUUGAACACACUAAAAACUUUGAAGAACACACAAUCUUGGGCACAAGGACACUGAACCCACGCUGUUGAUCGCACACCUGGACACACACGUCCAGAUCAAUCACUAG